UAACAACUAAACCAAACAUUUGUUAUUUUCUAUGUCACCACGCUGUACUCAAGGAAACCAGUGAGUCAACUAAAUUAAGAGUGGUUUUUGACGGUUCAGCGCCAUCUACAUCCGGUUAUUCUCUUAACGACAUUCUUUUAUCGGGACCCAACAUACAAGACUCUCUUUUCUCCAUCCUAGUUAGAGCUAGACAAUACAAAUACCUACUGACUGGCGACAUUGAGAAGAUGUAUCGUCAGGUGGAAGUCACUGAACCUGAUCGUGACUUACAAUUGAUACUAUGGAGAGAAAAGGAAUCUGAUCUCAUUAAAAUACUGAAACUAAAUACACUAACUUACGGCACAGCGAGUGCGAGUUAUUUAAGUACUAGGUGUGUCUAUCAGUUGGGUGAAGAAUGUGAAGAUGAAUUGAUCAAAAAUAUAAUUCAAUCAGACUUUUACGUCGACGAUUUGAUAACUGGUUGUAAUAAUGAAAUUCAAUUACAUUAUAUACAAAACAAAAUUGCUAAUGUACUGAGUUCUGGAUGUUUUAACCUAAGAAAAUACAAAAGUAAUCUGCCCAGUCUAGUUCAAGAUAUCAAUUCUAGUUUAAAUUCGCAGGAAAGUCUAAUGUUUAGCGAAUCUACUAGUACCCUAGGUUUAGGCUGGAACCCGGUUAAUGAUACCCUACAUUUUCCUACUAUUGAUAUUCCACAAAAUACAGUUGUUACUAAAAGAUUUAUUUUAUCUCAAUCAUUCAAAAUUUUCGAUCCACUCGGGAUCCUUAGCCCAUUUAUAAUUAUUCCAAAGAUAAUGCUACAAAAACUAUGGCUAAACAAAAUAGAUUGGGAUCAGUCCGUUCCAAAGGACAUAGAAAUGUCUUGGAACAGCUUUCAGAACAAUGUACCUAGUUUACGUAAUUUACAUAUACCAAGAUUAACUUUGAGUGAUGAUGCUCUAGAAAUUGAAAUGCAUUCAUUCAGCGAUGCCUCACAACAUGCUUACGGUGCAUGCGUAUACAUGCGAUCUAUAAGCACUAGCGGUACAGUCACCGUAAGAUUGUUGUGCGCAAAAUCUAGAGUAGCUCCAGUGAAACCCACGACGAUGCCGCGUCUCGAAUUGUGUGCUGCUUUGUUGUCUGCGCGACUGUGUAAAUCAGUAACAGAUGCACUUAAAUACUCACCGUCACGGAUCAUUCACUGGUGUGACUCAAGCAUCGUUCUAGCAUGGAUUCGUAAUGAUCCUAACAAAUUAAAAACUUUCGUUGCUAAUCGAAUAAUCGAAAUAACGGAACUUACUGUACCUUCGUCCUGGCGCUAUGUUCCAACUGAUCAAAAUCCGGCUGACUUGAUCUCCCGUGGCGUAAAUGGGAAUCAGCUAAUGUCAAUGAAUUUAUGGUGGAAAGGCCCAAAGUUUUUAUCUAAACCUGAAUCACAAUGGCCUUUGUUAAAAGGUUACAAAAAUUGUGAUUUGCCAGACAUUGAGGUCAGGUGUAAUACAAUUAUUAAUAUUUCUGAUCCAAUAAUCAAAUUUGAGAAUUUUUCUAAAUUGAAUAAAUUAGUAAGAACAUUUGCAUUCGUAAAACGUUUUAUUUACAAUGUCCAGCAACCCCAAAAUAAAUUUAUUGGUAGCUUAAGUGUAGAAGAAUUAAAUAAUUCAUUUUAUAUAUUAUGUGCCCUUGCACAACGUGAGUCAUUUCAACUUGAAUAUGAUACAUUGGUAAAAAAUAAACCAUUGCCCAAUAAAUGCAAGAUUUUGUCACUAUCGCCAUUUCUUGAUCAUAAUCACUGCAUAAUCCGCGUUGGUGGUAGACUGUAUGCAUCUGACUAUUCUUAUGAGAAAAAACACCCAGUUCUGCUCCACUCCUCUCAUCAUUUCACAAAAUUAUUCUUUGAACAGGAACAUAUUCGUAACAUGCAUGCUGGUCCACAGCUAUUGUUGGCUGUGGUAAGAGAAAGAGUUUGGCCAAUAAAUGGUAGACGCUUAGCCAGACGAGUGGUUAAUAAUUGUGUGCGUUGUAAACGUAUUGCAGGCAAAACUUUGAGUCCUAAAAUGGGAAACCUUCCUAUUCAAAGAAUUACUCCAGAUCAUCCUUUUUUAUCUGUGGGCAUGGAUCUAGCUGGACCCUUCUUAAUUUUAAAUCGACGAGGCCGCGGUAGUAAGCUCAUUAAAUGCUACCUUUGCCUAUUUGUGUGCUUACGCUAUAAAUGUGUUCACUUAGAGGCUGUCAGUGACUUAUCGAAAGAUGCCUUUCUGAUGGCUUUUCGUAGAUUCGUAGCUCGUAGAGGAAGGCCAGUGGAAGUAUUUUCCGAUAACGGACGAAAUUUCGUUGCUGCGGCCAAGGAAAUCGGUCAAUUUUUAAAGCAAAAUUCGGAACCAAUUGUUGAGUUUGCAAGUCAAGAAAAUAUUAAGUUCAUUUUUAGUCCGGCAUACGCUCCUCACUUCGGUGGUAUUUUUGAAGCCGGAAUAAAAUCCGCGAAACACCAUAUCAAACGUAUACUAGGUAACAGCCACCUAACAUUUGAGGAGAUAACAACAUUGUUUGCGCAAGUUGAAGCCAUACUAAAUAGCCGUCCCUUGUAUCCUCUAUCAUCCUCUCCUAACGAUUUCCUCCCACUUUCUCCUGGACACUUUCUUAUUGGAAGACCGUUGGUAUCGCUGCCCUCUCCAAAUUUGCUUGAUUGCAAGGAGAUCACAUUAAGAAGAUAUGAACGCUUAGAGAAACUCCGCCAGCACUUUUGGAACAAAUGGCAACGGGAGUAUAUUUCUGAAUUACAACAAAGAAGCAAGUGGAAAACUAACUGCGAUAAACUACAAAUCGGUGACAUGGUACUCAUACAAGAGGACAACAUACCACCUAUGAACUGGAGACUUGGUAGAGUCUCCCGACUAUUUCCUGGGAAUGAUGGAGUCUGCAGAGUAGCGGACAUUGACACCACAAGAGGACCCGUACGAAGAGCAUUAGUUCGGCUGUGCCCGCUGGUGGCACCUGAAGCAGAUGAUCAACUCGGUUGAAAGAACUCUUUCAACGGGCGGGAAGAUGUUUAGGCCCAAUGAUGUCCAAAGCCUUUGCCAAAAUGUUAAAAACAUAACGUCACUGUCAUUUUUAUUGUAAAAAAAAAAUUUAAUUCGACUUUUGGCGGCUUCACCGGCAUUACGCGCCGUUUCUAAAAACUUGUAAACUUUUAUCUGAAUACACAAAAUUGUAAGAAAAUUGAGUUAUUAUUGGCUCCAUUGUGUCAAGCG